ACGGUUUCCGGAAAGUGGUUCACAUCGAGCAGGGGGGGCUGGUCAAGCCCGAGAAGGAUGACACGGAGUUCCAGCACCCCCACUUCCUCCGGGGCCAGGAGCAUCUCCUGGAGAACAUCAAGAGGAAAGUCACCAACGUAUCCAGCAUAAAGAACGAAGACGUUAAGGUUCGCCAGGACAGCAUGACCAAGUUGCUGACCGAUGUCCAGUUGAUGAAGGGCAAGCAAGAGAGCAUGGACUCCAAGCUGAUCGCAAUGAAGCACGAGAACGAGGCCCUGUGGCGAGAGGUGGUCACUUUGCGUCAGAAGCACACGCAGCAGCAGAAGGUCGUCAAUAAG